AUGGGGUUCAACCUCUUCCACAUCCUCGGCGAUGUCUCGCAUACCUCAUCCAAGCUCAUAUUGAUAUGGGCCAUACACGCGAACAGCAGUGCAGAGGGCGUGUCCCUCAUCACCCAAGUCCUCUACGCACUCGUGUUUAGCACGCGAUACCUUGAUAUAUUCACCUCCUCGGCUACGAAGGAUGUAUGGCACACAUGGAACUUCUCCCUCAAGAUCUUCUACACUCUAUCUUCUUUAUACAUCAUCUUUCUUAUGACGAGUGUAUAUGCGCGCACAAGAGAGCGGGAAAAGGCGUGGAAAUUUGGCAUGUACUGUCUGCUUGGGAGCAUCAUCAUCACCCCUCUUUGGUAUCUCAUCUUCAAGAAGACCCUUAUUGGUCAUAGCAGUUUCCUCAAGUUUCUCUGGGUCUUUUCGGAAAUUCUCGAAUCCGUCUGCAUCAUCCCUCAACUCCUCCUCUUGCGCCAAACUACCGUCCCCACCGUCAUCGACUCAUACUACCUUGUCGCACUGGGCACGUACCGCUUUCUCUAUGUGCUCAAUUGGAUUGUACGCGGCGCCAACGAGGAUCACUACCGCGACCCUACAUCAUGGGUCUGGGGCUCUAUUCAAACAGCCCUCAUGAUCGACUUUGCAUGGGUGUACUACACACGUCAGCGCGUCAAGCUCCGACACGGCGGAGUGGUGGAUUCAGAGGAUCUGGGCCGAGGAUGGCUUGUCGGGCGCUUUGUGGGCAGAAAGAGCAUGGACUUUGACUAUGACGAGGAAACUGGCGGCCAGCGAAACGACUCAACACAACCGCACAACAAGUGGGGACGGCGAGGCAUCUCGGUAUCUGCUGACGAGGGCGUAGAAGGGGCGCCAAAGAGGAGGAGCCCGGAGAGGGGAAGCGCGGAUCCGGAGAGCCAGCCGUUGGCAGACCCUGCAGCAUUCGAUGAUGAGAGUGACGAGGAUGCCCCUGUCGCGCCUGUGGCUGGAGCUUCGGUGGCUGAGCAGAGCGGGGUGAGGAGAGACGAAUGGGACGACGAUGUGGAUGAUGAUGCGACAGAGCACGACGCAUCUUCCAAGAUGAUCAAGUAA